UGGUAAUUAGGUGGACUCGCGGAACAGUGCGUACAGUUAUCCGAAAUGAAAUAUGGCUUGAACGCGCACAAUACGUUGUGCAGCAUUUCAUAUCCGCGUGAACGCGACUAUUGAAGCGGGCUUGAUAAAGUCAGUGCAUGAAAGGUUCCUCAGCACAAACCCAUCCAGAGCCCUGUGGCACAGUGUAGGCAAUGCUCCCUUCUGCCAUAGCCUGCACAGGACACCAGGAGUGGCAUUGCAGCUGCCUCGCAACCAUGUUCCCGCACAGCUUUGACUACAACCAGCCGAUGAGAAAACGUUGAGAGGAAGGAGACAUGAUGGGACAACUUCCAGAAGAUGUGGUGGGUGGCUGCACCACAGAGGAACUGGAAUGCAAGAUCUGCUACUGUGCUUACAGCCUGUCAAGCCGACGUCCCAAGGUACUUGAGUGCUGUCAUUAUCUGUGUGCCAAGUGCCUUGCAAAAAUCCUUGAUUUAGGUGAAUCGUCGCCCAAUGCGGUGGUAUGUCCGUUCUGCCGCUACAUCACGGACCUUCCCGGAGAGGCUGUGGAAAGUCUGCCAGAUGAGUACAACCUGGUGACAGCACUGUCCAUCCAGACACAGAAGCAUCAGAACCUGAAUGAGAACCAAGGCAAGAUUCUCUUCAGCCACAGACAUCUCACCUCCCUGGUGGGUCACUCUGCCUCAACUUCGCCUACUUCAAUUCGUUCCAAUUACAUGGUCAUUACCAUUAUGGACCCCCAACAGGAGUCUGUAAUUCCUUCGCAUAGCCCAGCUCCAGCUAGGGAUUACCGCUCUUCCAGCCUGGACUCCAUGGCCUCCGUUACACAGAGAUGGACGGUGUGGAACUGUGCAGCCCUGCUAUGCCAGACCUCAGCCAGGGCCCUGGUCUGGCUGUUGGGGCUGCUGUACUUCAGCUCAUUGCCUUUGGGUGUCUACUUGCUAAUCAUGCAGCAUACCACAAUGGGGGUUUUGCUGGUCAGUCUGGUACCCGUCAGUCUUCUUAUUAUCAUGGUGUACGGCCUAUGUCAGUGCCUGUGCCGUGAGUUGUGGGACUGUGUACCACCUUAAAGACCAAAGCAAAGCAAUAUGUGACUGUUAUGAGUGGAUAUAUUGUGACUGGAUGUGCCAAUUGUCCUGAAGGUUUGUGGAAACUUUUCCAGUUCAUUCCAGAGUUCAUGGAUAAACAAUUAAAAAUAUACAAAGUGCAUAGAUUUAAUUUAGUAAUAUACAACUUAAUUUCAUGUUGAAAUAGCAAGCUAACCUUUAGAAUUGUUUAAAAAAAAAAAAAGAAAAUCUUAUCCAAUUUGACAGAAUUAUCUCACCAUACAGUAUAUAUUUUUAUAACCUGUAUAAAAAAUUCUGUAUAUAUUUGUUUAGUGUGCCUUGGAAGGGUGAAAUUAACAAUCCAAUAACAAUGUCUACUGCAGGUUUACUGAUGCAUUUUUUCUGUCUAAAUAAUUACCAUUUAAUAAUUUUGUUAGAUAUGUCAAAUGCAAGUCAUUGGGUGUUUGCAGUAGGUAUAAAUCCCUUAACCUUCAACAUAUCAGAUACAGAAUAUGUUCUAGGUUAUAUAAUAUAUUAACAACAUAAUUCUGUCAUGUUGUAAUGAUUUGACUUUGCCAUGUUUCACUUGGAGCACAGUGUAUGACCUGAGAAAGUUUUUACUCAUAAACACAAACUAGCAUGCAUACUUUUUCUUGCAUGAAUGAAUUGUUAAUACUGCACAAGAAUCCACGUGACACAGUUUACAAAAAUAUUACUAGAUAAAUGACAUCUAGAAGACCAAGACAUCAGACCCAGCUCUCAUUAUAGGUCCAAGAAGUCACUUGUUUUUGCUGUAUCAAAAUCACAAGGAACACAUUCAGGAACAUUCACAAUUGCUGCAAAGCCUGCAGAAUAAAAUAAAAUAGAAUAAUAAUAUUACAUUCCACUUUUACAUACAGUGUGCAAAUGUAAAGGUAUAAUAAAAAGCAAUAUUUUAUACUCAUUUUAUUCAUAAAUUGUUUUGGUCCUGCCCAAGAUUAACUGCACUGACCCUGCCCAA